AUGGCUCCCAUUGCACUUGACACGCCCGCCGAGCCCCAGGUCCACCCUGUGGAAGCCCUCAAGGCUGCCGCCGCCGCUCGCGAGGUCGACCUCCGCCAGUUUGCGCUGUUUGACUCGACUCCUGCGAUUGGCACCGAGUUCCUCUCAGUCUCGACCGACGGCCGUCCCGUUCUCACCAUCAAAGAGGUGCUCCAGUCUCCCGCUCAGAUUGCUGCCCUCGGUCGUCUUGUCUCAGAGCGCGGUGUAGUCUUCUUCCGCAAGGCCGGCAUUACCCCGGAGGAGCAAAAGGUCCUUGUCCAGUCUCUCGGUACGGCUACCGGCAAGCCUGCUGAGAGCGGCCUCCACACCCACCCCUUGACCCUUCCUGGCAGCCAGUACGGUGAUGAGAUCACCCACAUCUCCAACCAGCACAUUCUCUCCAAGGAGUUUACGCUUUCCGAGCACAGUAAGUCCUACCAGCGCGUCCGGGCCAAGUCUGGUUGGCACACGGACAUUACCUUUGAGCGUGUUCCCUCCGACUAUGCCUCCCUCAUCAUUCGCACUCUUCCUCCCGGCGGCGGCGACACCCUCUGGGCUUCCGCUUAUGAGGCGUACGACCGUCUCUCGCCGGUCUUCCAGAAGUACCUUGAGGGUCUCACCGCCACCCACCGGGGCUCCAUCUUCCUCGAGCUCUCGCAGUCCACCGGCCUCAAGCUCCGUGAUGUCCGUGGCCACCCCGACAACAACAACGACGACCUUACCACCACCCACCCAGUCAUCCGCACCAACCCUGUGACUGGCUGGAAGGGCCUCUUCGUCAACUCUGGCUUCACCAUCAGGAUCAACGAACUCACCGUCCCAGAGUCGGACUGGCUCCUGAACUUCCUCUUCGACCACAUCGCCGACAACCACGACAUCCAGGUCCGCUUCAGGUGGGAGGAGGACUCACUCGCCAUCUGGGACAACCGCUCCACCUUCCACACCGCUACCAACGAUGUCGGCCCCCACCUCCGCGAGGGCACUCGCUCCGUCUCUCUCGGCGAGAAGCCCUUCUUUGACCCCAACAGCAAGUCCCGCCGCGCCGACCUCGCCGACAAGGCCGAGGCUGCUGCUGCCGUUGAGGCCAAGUAG